AUGACAAAACAAAAGCUUCUGCUUGAUGGGACACUCUCCUUGUUUCUGAUCGUGGCCUGUGAAGCUCAGCAGCUCCCAAGGAGUCAUGUUGCUGCUGGUUCUGGUCCUCUGUGCGAGAAGGAGGCAGAGUCCUGGGGAAACCUUUUCAGCAGCGAGCGGCUGGAUGCCUGGAUCUGUUCCCUCAUCGGUUCGUUCAUGGUGGGGCUGAGUGGGGUCUUCCCCUUACUGGUGAUCCCGUUUGAGACAGGAGCUGCUCUGCGGUCAGAAGCUGGAUCACAGCGUUUGAAGCAGUUGUUGAGUUUUGCUAUUGGUGGACUACUGGGGAAUGUGUUUCUGCACCUGCUUCCUGAAGCCUGGGCUUACACAUGUAGUGCAACGACAGGAGAAGGGCAGAGCUUUCAGCAGCAGAAGCUUCUGGGUCUCUGGGUGAUCAUUGGUUUUCUGACCUUCCUGGUGCUAGAGAAGAUCUUCCUAGAGAAAGAAGAGGAGUGCCCUGGUGUGGGCUGUGGUUCCAAAGCACCAGCUGGAAAGAUUCCCAAUGGAAGUGGCUACCCCCUGCCCAAAGUGGCAGGCCAACCCCAAAGAGCAGGAACAGGUUCAACUCAGUGCAAUGGCUCUUCGCUCCGGUCUUGUCCAACAGCCAACAGAAUCAAGAUUAGUGGAUACCUCAAUCUGCUGGCCAACACCAUUGAUAACUUCACACACGGCCUGGCAGUAGCAGCCAGCUUCCUGGUCAGCAGAAAGGUUGGGUUCCUGACUACAAUGGCCAUUCUCCUGCACGAAAUCCCACAUGAGGUGGGAGACUUUGCAAUCCUACUUAGGGCUGGCUUUGACCGCUGGAGUGCAGCCAAGAUGCAGCUUUCCACAGCUCUGGGGGGGAUUCUAGGAGCCAGCUUUGCAAUAUGUGCUCAGUCUCCAAAAGGCGCAGGGGAAACAGUAGCCUGGAUCCUCCCUUUCACUUCUGGAGGAUUUCUGUAUAUUGCCUUGGUAAAUGUUGUGCCUGAUCUCCUGGAGGAAAAGAAUCCUUGGAAUUCCCUGCAGCAGAUUCUGCUCCUGUGUACAGGCAUUACAGUCAUGGUGCUACUCUCGCUCACAACCGAGUGACCUCUGCGCAGACCUCACGAUGCCUCCCAGAGCCACCACAGUGGCUCUGAGCUGUUAAAAAGCAAUAAGGAACACUAAUGUUACUUCCUACGUGUGUGCGUGCAGAUCUGGCUGCUAGUAUGAGAAACAGGUGAGAAAGAGGUCUAGAGGUGCAGGACUUCAUUCCCUAGCUCUCCUAUCCCUGUUCUGCUAAAAUCCACACAUCAGGGCUUCCAU